CAAAUCCAACACCUGACCAGACCAGAGACCCUCUCCAGCUAUGGACGAGAGCGUAGGUGCCGAAAAACAAACGAGAAGAUUGCUGUUAAAGACAUACAAGGUGACCAUCCUGAUGCUGAUCAUUGGCCAGAUUCAGGUUUCGAUUUUCAUGGAGAUUAAGCCCGUUAAGAAGUUCCUCGAGGAGCACUACUAUGUCAGCCUGGUGCAGUUCUUCAUCAGCUUCAUAUCCAUCCAGCUGUACGUGUUCUUCUAUCACAUCAUUGUGCACAAGCCCGUGUGGAAGCGCGUCCUGGUCGGCGUCUGGACGUUCGAGGUGAAUACCAUAUCGAUCAUGAAGCCAGCCAAGACGGCGCCAUACGUUAGCUUCAUUGUCUCCUUUGUGCUCACCUUUGCCAUCAUGGGCAUCAGUCUGUGCUACGGCAAUCUGGCGGUCAACCAUCGGCGAGGACUCUUCAUAUCACGCCACAACGUGAUCCGUUGGAGCGAGCGUCUGUUUGUGCUCACCAGCUUUGGGAUCAUCGUGUGCUCCGAAAUGAAGCGAGUCACCAUCGAGUUUCCAACGCUGCUCAUCUACACCAUUCUGUCGAAUAUUUUUGUGGUGGUAUUUGCCGCCUCGAUGAGGAAACGAAACUUUUACCACUUCGAGCCGCCUGGCGAUCACAUACUCAUCGGACAGCUGUAUUAUCUGAACUUCUAUGCCCUGUACAUGGGCUAUGUGUGGACAACGGCUUCCGGCUUCCAGCUUAUGGGAUGGAACAUCAGCAUUGGAGAGUUAUUCAAAUAGUGGCUGUCACGAGGCUGUCACUCUCUGUGUCGUCUGUCAUCACCAGCAGCAGCUCUGGAGCAUGCGCCGACUAUCGCAACAGCUGGGGGACACCAACGUAAUGUCGUAGUGUUUACACCACGUCGUCGUCCUGUUCACAGUCCAGUCAGUUGCCCUGUGGCCCGGUUGCAAUUGGCACGGCUCGGAACAGCACAGUUUUGCUUCGGUACGGGUAGCAGUGUGGCAGACCACACCGAGUACUGGGUGUGCACGUGCGCCUCGAACGGCUGAAAAUCAAUACUCAUUUUCCAACCUAAAAGAAAACUAAAUAAAUGGCUUUCAACGCGA